AGGGAUUCUCGAAGCAGGAUAACCAGUCUCAAAUAUCUCAGCGCCGUCAGCUCUUACCGACAUGAGCCCCAGAGCCUACGGCGGCCAUGAAGGAAUGCUCUUUCAGCACGGCGGAGAGCAGUCCGCAAUACUACUAUUCCACCUCCAAAACCAACCCGUCAGACUCCCCCUGGCAUUCCCCCCACCCGAUUACGCCGAAGCUAUGUCCUACGAUUACCCGUUGUACCCGAAUUACAUGGCCAAUAUGGAAUCUGCCCGGGCCAAAGCCCGGUCGCAGAGUGCAUCCAAAUCGAGGCCAGAUUCGUACGACAGGCAGCCCAGCGGCCCGGAGAAGAGCAUCGGUGGAAGGGAGGAAUGUGCCGAGGGCGGUGCGGAUGCAGCGGCCGUCGUCGCACGUCGGAGCCACCCCGCAAAAUUACUGCAGAUCGCUCGUUGCAUUUGAUGUGAGUAUUAACCAGUUCGAAAACUGAAACACAUUUCCUCUUUUAGAAAAUUUAGCUUUGAUUUUAAAUAUAUUUGGUAAAUUACUCUCUUACCAUCCACUUUCACAAACCCACACACGUCCUUUAGCGUUUAUUUGAAUAAAAAUUAAUAAAAUAAAGACUGUUUA